AUGGCCGCCGAAUCAUCAGAGAAGAACUCCGGCGCCGACCGCUCGCCGCCCUCCAGCCGAGGCGAUUCGACCGAGGUCGACGUAGCUCGUCCCGCCAAGGAAUCGAACGCCGACCCCGAGAAGCUCGCCCUGCAAAAGGCCGACUCACAGGUCGUGUCGCCGCCCAAGGGACCAUCCUCCGACGACCUGUAUGCUCAUCUGCCUCCCGACCAAGCUGAAAUACUGCGCCGCCAGGUCAUCAGCCCCGAAGUCAAGCAAGGCGUCGCUGUCUUGUACCGCUACGCAUCCCGCAAUGAUAUCAUCAUCAUAUUCUUCUCCUCCAUCUGCGCCAUCGGUGCCGGCGCCGCUCUCCCUCUCAUGACGGUCAUUUUCGGUAACCUGCAGGGCAUUUUCCAGGACUACUUCACGGGCCUCAAGACGUACCACGAGUUUACCAGCGAACUGUCCCAUUUUGUCCUGUACUUUAUUUACCUGGCCGUCGGCGAAUUUGUUACUACCUAUAUCUGCACCGUCGGCUUCAUCUAUACCGGCGAGCAUAUCAGCGCCAAGAUCCGUGAGCACUACCUCGAGAGCUGCAUGCGCCAGAACAUUGGCUUCUUCGACAAGCUCGGUGCCGGCGAGGUCACCACCCGCAUCACUUCUGAUACCAACCUCAUCCAGGAUGGCAUCUCCGAGAAGGUCUCCCUCACCCUUGCCGCCGUCGCCACCUUCGUCUCAGCCUUUGUCAUCGGCUUCAUUAAAUACUGGAAGCUGACGUUGAUCCUGUUCUCUACCGUCAUCGCCCUUCUUAUCAACAUGGGCAGCGGUUCCGCCUUUAUCCUCAGGUACAACAAGCAAAACCUGGAGGCGUACGCUAUCGGCGGUAGUUUGGCCGACGAAGUCAUUAGUUCGAUCCGUAAUGCCGUCGCGUUUGGUACCCAGGACCGUCUCGCCAAGCAGUACGAUGACCAUCUUAAGAGGGCCGAGUUUUUUGGCUUCCGUGUUAAGGGUGCCCUCUCCUGCAUGAUUGCCGGCAUGAUGAUGGUUCUGUACCUCAACUACGGCCUGGCGUUCUGGCAGGGUAGCAAGUUCUUGGUUGACGGAGAUACAUCUCUGUCUAAUGUUCUGACCAUCCUCAUGUCCGUCAUGAUUGGUGCUUUCAAUCUGGGGAACGUCGCCCCCAACAUGCAAGCCUUCACCAAUGCUGUUGCCGCCGCUGCCAAGAUCUUCAAUACCAUUGAUCGCGUGUCGCCCCUGAACCCUACCGAUGAUGAGGGUGAGAAGCUUGACCAUCUCGAGGGUACUAUUCGAUUGGCCAACAUCAAGCAUAUUUACCCUUCUCGGCCUGAUGUAGUUGUCAUGAAUGACGUCAGCCUCGAAAUCCCUGCCGGUAAGACUACUGCUCUGGUUGGUGCGUCUGGGUCCGGUAAGAGCACAAUUGUUGGCUUGGUCGAGCGAUUCUACGAUCCUGUCGAGGGCAAUGUCUAUCUCGACGGACACGACAUCAGCAAGCUUAACUUGCGGUGGAUGCGCCAGCAGAUGGCUUUGGUGAGCCAGGAACCCACCCUGUUCGGCACUACCAUCUACCACAACAUUCGACACGGACUUAUCGGUACCGCUCACGAGAACGAGAGCGAGGAAAAGCAACGGGAACUUGUCAUCGAAGCAGCCAAGAAGGCCAACGCCCACGAUUUUGUCUCCGCUCUCCCAGAAGGUUAUGAAACCAACGUGGGUGAGCGAGGAUUUCUCCUAUCUGGUGGCCAGAAGCAGCGCAUUGCGAUUGCCAGAGCCGUUGUUUCGGACCCCAAGAUUCUACUUCUGGAUGAGGCUACAUCAGCACUCGAUACCAAGUCUGAAGGCGUGGUGCAGGCUGCCCUGGAGGUGGCUUCUGAAGGACGUACCACCAUUACCAUUGCUCACCGAUUAUCCACUAUCAGAGAUGCACACAAUAUCGUUGUCAUGACCGAGGGUCGUAUUGUCGAACAAGGAACGCACAACGAACUCCUUGAGAAGCGAGGCGCCUACUUCAAGCUCGUGUCCGCGCAGAAUAUCGCUGCUGCCGAGAAAUUAACUGCCGAGGAGCAAGCCAAACUCGACGAGGAGGAUUUGACUCUUAUUCGAAAGAUGUCAACAAAGGAUGGCCUCGUCCUGGCUGAUCCCGAUGACGACAUUGCUGCCAAGCUUGACCGCUCCACAACAACCAAGUCCGCGUCCAGUGUUGCCCUCCAGAAUCGCAAGGCUGAAGAGGAGGAAAAGUACACACUGUGGACGUUGGUGAAGCUAAUUGCUUCUUUCAAUGCUCCUGAAUGGAAGUUUAUGCUGAUUGGUCUGGUCUUCUCUGCCGUCUGCGGAGGUGGAAAUCCCACACAGGCUGUGUUCUUUGCCAAGGAGAUCGUCACCUUGUCUGUACCAGUCACCCCCGAGAAUCGUCACCAAAUGAAGAAGGAUUCGGACUUCUGGAGUGCCAUGUAUGUGAUGCUGGCAUUCGUUCAGUUCCUGGCAUUCGUGAUCCAAGGUGUCUUGUUCGCCAAGUGCUCUGAACGACUUAUCCACCGAGUUCGAGACCGCGCCUUCCGCACCAUGCUUCGACAGGAUGUUGCGUUCUUUGACAAAGACGAGAAUACCGCUGGUGCCUUGACCUCGUUCCUCUCAACCGAGACCACUCACGUUGCUGGUCUGAGCGGUGUGACCCUGGGGACAGUGCUGAUGGUCAUGACGACUCUCAUCUCUGCGUGUGCCUUGGCACUGGCCAUCGGAUGGAAGCUCUCCCUUGUGUGCAUUUCGACUAUCCCGGUCUUGCUGGGAACUGGUUUCUUCCGUUUCUGGAUGUUGGCACACUUCCAACGGCGGUCAAAGGCUGCCUACGAUUCCUCGGCGACCUUUGCCUCGGAAGCUAUCUCUGCCAUUCGAACUGUCGCUUCCUUGACUCGCGAACACGACAUCCUGGGCCAGUAUAAGGCAUCUCUUGCCGAGCAACAGCGCCGCAGUCUGAUCUCCGUGAUGAAGUCGUCGCUCUUGUACGCCGCCUCACAGUCUCUUCUCUUCCUUUGCUUCGCGCUUGGUUUCUGGUAUGGCGGCACCCUUAUUGCCAAGUACGAGUACGGCAUGUUCCAAUUCUUCCUAUGCUUCAUGGCUAUCAUCUUUGGUGCCCAGUCUGCGGGUACCAUCUUCUCCUUUGCCCCCGACAUGGGCAAGGCAUACCAUGCUGCAGGUGAGCUGAAGAGGCUGUUUGAUAGACAGCCCGUCGUGGACACCUGGUCGGACGAGGGUGAGCGCUUGCCGGAAGUUGAUGGUACCCUUGAGUUCCGGGACGUUCACUUCCGCUACCCAACCCGACCGGAGCAGCCUGUGCUCCGCGGUCUCAACCUCACGGUCCGACCUGGACAAUACGUGGCUCUGGUGGGAGCAUCUGGCUGCGGCAAGAGUACUACGAUUGCUCUUCUGGAGCGCUUUUACGAUCCCCUUUCUGGUGGAAUUUUUAUUGAUGGGCAUGAGAUCAGCGGGCUGAACGUCAACGACUACCGAUCGCACAUUGCCCUCGUGAGCCAGGAACCGACUUUGUACCAGGGAAGCAUCAGAGAAAACAUCCUUCUGGGAACGCCAGUCGAAAACGUCCCGGAUUCGGCCAUCGAGUUUGCUUGCCGCGAGGCCAACAUCUAUGACUUCAUCGUGUCCCUGCCGGAUGGCUUCAACACUGUCGUGGGUAGCAAGGGUGCUCUGUUGUCGGGUGGUCAGAAGCAGCGUAUUGCUAUUGCCCGUGCGCUGAUCCGAGACCCCAAGAUCCUCCUGCUCGACGAAGCGACGUCCGCACUGGACUCAGAGUCGGAACAUGUGGUGCAAGCGGCGCUGGACAAGGCGGCCAAGGGCCGGACGACAAUUGCCGUGGCCCACCGUCUCAGCACGAUCCAGAAGGCGGAUGUGAUUUACGUGUUCGACCAAGGCCGCAUCGUGGAGCAAGGAACUCAUUCAGAGCUCAUGAAGAAGAAUGGACGAUACGCAGAGCUUGUCAACCUGCAGUCCCUCGAGAAGCAUUAA